AUGACACAAGAAAAGGCCUUAAUACAGUACGGUAAAGUUAUCUCCGUUCAGAACGAAGUAUGGAUGAAGUUUUUCCCGGGCAUACCAAACGGUGUGCGAGUGGUGCAAAUGCGGUUGGAGAAACCAAUACCGUCUUGUAUUGUGGUGGAGAACUACAGUACUCUCAUCCGAUUCCCAAGCGAUCGUUCGGCACGAGGCGACAAACAACAAGAACUCCAAACACCAUCAACCUCAACUAAUGAGCAGACUAAAACCGACAAUAUCCUACACACACAACUCGUUGCUGCUAAGUCACCAGCGAACCAGAGCAGUGGAUCUAAUACCAGCGAUUCCGAUACCGAUAACGAGCACACUGACAACAACGACGAUCAUCCAGCGAGCACAAUAGAACCUGAGAAUAGGCGGUUGUCUUCUGAAGCUGAUGGCAAAAUAGAAAACGAUACAAAGCGCACAUGCAAUGAGGGUGGCCCAAUAUCUGAUUCCGAAUGGAAAAAAGACUUCACCGACGACUGCGUCUUCAACGAGCAGAUGGAGCAGCACCACUACAACACGUACAGCUCGACGCAGCAUUCGAACUCGCGGCGAACGCUGUACCUGGCGUUGAACAAAACCGGCCAGCCGCGCAAGAUCCAGAUCCCGGUCAACCGAACGCUGGGAAAGCUGGCGACCUACACGAAAGCGCUCACCCAAACCGUAGCUCACGAUCGUGUGGAGCGAUUGAUUUCGAGACUAUUCGGAGCGAACCACGUCCGCCACGGGCUGAAGCAGCUGUGCGAAACGGGCCGGGCACUGCAGGACCUCACCGAGAAGGUCAUGCGACCACGGGCUGCUUGCGGUCCGGUCAAGGCUCCGCAGAACGUGGGGCCGACGGGUGCCGGAUCGACGGCGGCGAGCGCUGCCGCCGGUGGCAACAAAGACAAAGACAGCAAAGACAACAUGCGAAAGAAGAAGAAAAAGCGGCGGAAAUGCCGCGAAGACGAGGCGCCUGGAGAGCACUGCUUUAGGCCGCAGGGUGGUAGCAUAGGUACAAAUAGUGGUAGAAAAAGGCCCCCAGGGCAAGCGAAGAGUCAGAAGUGCAGCCCGGAAGAUGGCGAUUGUGUUGUUAGUCUUAGUAGUAGUAGCAGUAGUAGUAGUAGCUCCAGUGGCAGUCCAAACAGUGCAAAUAGUGUAAGUAUUAGCCGCAGCAGCAGUAGUAGUAGUAGUAGUAGUAGUAGCAAUCGCCCAAGCGCAAGCCAAGCGACCGUACCAAAUGCAGGAGCUCAGCCCCCGGGGGCAGGCCCGAAAAAGAAGGUGAUCAAGAAAGUCAACUCGAAAAAUACUCCUUCCAAUGUAAAUAGUAACAAUAAUAAGAAGCCUAAAAAGGGUCCGGGUGGAAGUGGCGGAGGCCCCAACGCCAACAAGAAAGCCAAACAACAGCAACAGAACUCUAGCAGUAGUAGUAGUGGCAGUAGCGCAAGCAGCAGCAGUAGUACAGUGCCAUCAGUCCUUAGGGGUAGGGCGAAAACGACGCCGGCGAGGAGAGUGCCCUCGCUGAGGUCAGCGACCUCAACGACAUCGUCGUCGACGACGACUACUCCGGGACGUCCUCCGAUGACGACGCCGGCCAACCUCGACGAUACCUCGCAAUCGGAAGACGACCUCGAAGCGGAGCUCGAGGCGGACGACCUGGUGCACUCGUCGGCCGAGUUCAUCGAGGAGGAGGAUCUCGACGAAGGAUCCGCUCUAAAACCCACCGCUUCGCCUUGGUAUGGUAUGCCUGAGGAGCUUGGCAGCGAUGCUGCCGCCAUGGUUGCCCCUUGUUGCCCUUUCCCUUUCGCCAUCACCACCAAUACCACCAGCUCCAGCGGUAGAAGCAGCAACGCCAGUACCAAUACAAAUGCCACCACCACUGCCAAUGCCCGUUCUCCUAGUGUUAGUGAUAGUAGUAGAAGUAGCAGCAAUAAGCGAGCGAGCUCCUUCAGUAGUAGCUUUAUAAGCAGCAGUUCGGUGGACGAACGCCCGCGAGGCCGGUCCCUCGUGCAGUUCAGUCUGCUUAGUCUAGGUUCCUUACUGAUCGCUUCCGUUGCUAGCACGGCCAGAGUUACACGACUGCUAUAUCUAUGAUCACACGAGUCACACGUAGCACAGUUGUGCGACCAUCACCCAUUCUCAGCCAAUCAGUCAUUUCGUUCAUUUGUUGAUCAACUUAUUAAUGGGAAUUUUUAAUAAUCUUGACCCGAUUUUAUAAAUUAAAUUUGUUUUGGUUUAUUUUUACUAUUUUCAUUUAACAAUGGUUUACUAUUUUUUAAAAGGUAUAAGAAAACGAAAACCUCAGGAAAUAUAAAAGCAGAUAAAAAAAUGUGGAAGUAAAAUGGGCCAGGUUAUUCAGAAUUUCGACCAUUUUUGGAAUGCUAUUACAAAAACACAUCAAGAGGAAAACAAUAUCAUUUCUCAGAAUAGACUACUUUCAUUCAACAAUUAGUUUCUUCCGUUUCGUUACACUUCCAUUUAACUCUAUUACGGUAACUUAACUUGUUCAAAUCAUGUCAAAUCAUCAAAUUAAGCAAUAACAUUUUGGAAAUAUGCAAAAAAAAGGUUUUAAAAAAAUAAGAAGAAAAUGGAACGAGCUCACCACAUACCGUACUCCCAUCUACCCAGCAUCUCACAUUUUCAGCUCACAAUAGGAACAAAAUUCACAGAAAUUUUAUAGACUGAUUAUUUAUAAAAACCCGUUUUGUUUACAAGAAUGCGAAUCAAGUUUUGACCAGUGAGUGUUAGAAAGUUUAGGAAACAAUAAAAUCCUCUACAAAACCAGCUCAGGAGAAUACGGCUUCUAAAUUUUGCACAAAUAGUCUGUACACAGAAUUUGCCUAAUAACUGCAUAUACAGGUUCGUCUUACUUGUUGCCACUUGUACGUGGAAAACUUUUACAAGCAUGUAGCAAAAACGUACUUACCCGAAAUCAAAAGGAAAACUGCAGCUUGAGAAUGUUUGGAAAUGAAUGAUCGUGACAGUUCAGAUAAAAGACAAUUUUGCUGCCCUCUUAAACAUCGAAAAGCCAUCAAUGGCAGUGCUCUUAAAUCUCAUCGCUUUUCAGUAGAUAAUCACCAGAAACACACAGAGAAUAAACAGAAUAGAGCCGUUCUUCUGCAAACGGUUGAUUGAAAUUAUAAUUUUCCAUGACGAUAUUAUUAGUUGUUAAAAGGGAGUCCCUCAGCGUCAGCUCGAUGACGACAGCCAACCAACCCGGUUUAAGCUCUUAGAUAGGAUAAUAAAUUGCAUCGCUACUAACUAACGACGACGACGACAGGAAUGUAUGUGCUAUCGAAGAAACUCGUUUCUAAAAAAAAUGCGAAUUGUAAAUACUAGGGCAUGUUCAAAUGUGUUUGUGUCGGAAAAAAAACGGAAAAGUAUUCUAGGUUAUGUCCGAUGAUGGAUCGGAGCCCAAUUGCACUACGACUAGGUUUAGCGCUAUUUAUUUGUCUUGUUCUGGGAUUGAAUUUCGGUGUGAUCAUCAGGUCUUGAAAUAGUAAUAUCUGGAACAUCAGCCAUGAAAUCAUCAUUGCAGGUGGAAUGUGCUCUCAAACGGCUUGCGUCGUAAUAAAUUGCUCAAUCAGUGCAUAGCUGUUCAAACUGGAUCGACGGUAUGCUGUGGUGAAAUGUGAUUAAUUGGUUCGUUGGUCAAUAAAACAAGAUCUUACGUAGCAUCAUGACUCUAACACAGUUAAAUGAACGUAUGCAGAGAUUGCACAAGUUAUAUUUAUUAGAAAAUUACAAUCAUGCGCGGUUUUUUUUUAUUUUGUAAAUUUUUAUUUUAUUUUAUUUUCUUUUCUUUUGUUUGAACAUCCCCACAAUUUUUUUAUUUUUUCUUGAAGUCUUUUUUUGUUACCGAUUUUUUUAAAUGAAAACUUCUUGAGAUUUUUUUUGUUAUAGUCAUGUGUUCUAACCAUCCCAGCAGGAUCGCUCCGCAGAGCAAUUUUGUAAUGAAUGUUGAUAUAUGGUGAUUUCUAAAUAUUCCCGUGAAAAAGACGUACUUUCCGAAAACCUUUACAAGUGU